AACACCGCCACCAACGUGUACAAUUUCAAACAGCGAAAUAUGGCGGAUAGUCCUGUUGAUUCGAUUUUGCCAAGGAAAGCACUCUUUAGAUCUCCGUCUAUGAUUGAAGAAAACGUAGCUAAUGAUCCUCAGCUGAACCGGCAUCAGAUAGACCAAGACACUGAACUGAAGUUUAAACAACUAAAAAGAGAACUUCAUGAGCAAAGGCUAGAAGAAUUGAAGAAAGAAUUAGGUAAAUUAAACGACACUGAAUGGAUGCAUGAACCGGUUGAAAAACUUAUUGGACUAAAAUGAAUGCAAGACUGAUAUUACUGCAAAGGCAACAACAGUUUUCUGUUACUUUCAACUAUUUAUAUUUUUGUUUAUCAUUUAUCAUUUCCUUCCACAUCUCAGUAGAACACAAUACGUGGAGGCUGGAGCCCUCACUAACCUUACAGAAGUGAUGUCUAAGGUGUGUGUGUGUGUGUGUGAAAACACAUUAAUGUAUGAUGUAUGUAAUAUGUUGCAGGCAAGAUAUUGCAUAUAGUGUAAUCAAUCGCUUACGAGUCGUGUUUCAGCCACAUUUUUUUGAUGGUUUGUGAUAGUACACAUUAUAAGCCCUAUAUCCAGACUUUAUUUAACAAAAAAAACAUGUGACAUGCCUAAAUAUGGUCAUGAUAACAUCACAUCAUGACCAUAUAUAGGCACAUCAUGACUAUAUAUGGGCAUACAACUAAAAAAAUUUUAUAGUCUGGAGUAAGCUUUAGAAAGACAAUAGUUUCUAUAGCUCUGUCACAUCCAGUCACAUGGGAUGGAAAUGUACGGCAUUAUAUAUCAUGUGAUAGGCUCUUGAACACUGGGGUCGAUUUGAGAGAACUCAAUGUAAGUAGAGUUUAUUUACUUGACUGAAGUACUGUAGAGGUAUGACAUGUACAGUAUAUUUUUACCCUCUGGUAAGCAAGUGUUUGUUUUUGUUUUUUUUUAUCACAAAAUUUACGCUAGAUAAGAAAUUUAUUUGCUUUUGUGCCGGAGGCUCCAGAUGCCCUUGGUAUCACAUACGUAAUUGCAUGUGCACACGAACAUAAACUUGGUACACUGUUUAGCAAGAAUGCGGGGGGUUGGGUGGUGGUGAGGUGAUAGGUUGUGUCUCAGUCUCCUGACCAUUGUAUGAGCUGUGCCACGAGCUAAUCCUUAUUUCUUUGUUGACAAGGAUCAUUAAUGUACAUUUUAUGUUUACUUACAUCUACACACAUUAAAAGUGAUUGAUAGAAAGAAAUCUUUUGGACGCUCUCACGAAGGUCUUGUGUUGUUCAUCUACCCAAGGAUUCAAAGACAAAACAAUUCUCAUGACCAAUAACAAUUUUAAUCCUUUAAGCUGGUUUUGCACUAGGCGAAUUUGUUCGCGCGAAUCAAGGCGUCGGUUGAUUGGUUGCGCCUUUUUUUUUCCUUCGCAAAAACGCCGAUAGGAAUCUGAAUGCGCAUGUGCAUAAGCUUUGGAUUCGCGUGAAUAAAUUCGCCUAGUGAAAAACAGGUUUUAGACUUCGUUUAUAGACAACAUUGUAGAAGAAGAGCAUCUUGUGUCCAUUUUUCUCUUGUGAAAGGGAUUACUGUACUAUAUCUACUUUAAGUCUGUAUCAUCAUGGAGGUAUAAUGUAUUCGCUACUGGCCUACUGACUUUAUCUUUGUAUAAUAUAAAUGUUAUCAUUGAAAUUUUAUUAAGAAUCACCGUACUUAAUGUGUGACCCCCUACAACACUAUGGUAAAUUCAGCACUGCCCAAUUUCCAAUUCCAUAUCAUUUACACAAGGGGUCGAUUUAAGAAUGUUUCUGUCGGAAGGGUUAGUGAAGCGCCAAUCGUGUACCUAUUUCCUGAAGGGGAGGGCGGGGGUGUUCCUUACCAGUGGGUCCAGAUGCUACACCCUUUGAAACUCGCAAGUUUCGGCCAUUUUAAUCUUUUAUCUAGACGAUUUCACGUUGUUUCUAUCGAUCUUUGGCUGCCGUCGCAGAAGAGGGAAACACACGACCGCCUUAAUCCACGGCUACACGCCCCAUGCUAGUGUAUGCAGCUAAAUUUGGAAAUAUUUCAAACACUUCAAUAUUCACAAAAAUGAAUGGAAAAAUCACCUCUAGAUCAAAAUUCGUACUAAAACCCACAACAAAAUUAUGAAAAACAGAUUCAGACGUACGCAUAAAAACAUCUUGUUCGAAAAUGUAAUUUAAUUGAACUUAAUCCAUUUCAGAGUAACAAUAACAACAAAGAAAGCUAUACAUAAUGCUUGUUAAUGGACAGAUGGUGUGGGCGGACUUUUUAAUAGAAUUUUAAUGUAAAGCAAGAUAAUUGAAUGGUAGUGUUGUGGUAAAGUUGUUCCGGGUGUGGAUGUUUUUUAGAUACACAGGAUCUGCGACUAGCAUUUGAAUAGUAAUCAUAUUUUACAAGGAAAUCCGUUCCUGGUAAUCAUUGUGGUUUGUUGAUGUUAGGCCUUUAUUAACACUACUUAAUUUUGAUUUGCACUCAAUCAAAUGAAUUAUAUUUUCCAUCUGACCACCUGGUGAAGUGCAAACAAUGCCCAAAACAUUUGAUUAAUGCCAUUUAAAGUGACGACAAAUAUACACUUUAGCUUCAUUCGUUUUAUAUUAUAACAAGUAUGGUUUAGAGUUACUCUUUACGUUAACGUUAACUAUAGUAGGCCUAUAAAUUGGCGAUAUGUAGUCAAGAACUGAUAGGCCUAUUGAACGCGUUUCCAUGUGUCACAUACAUUGCUCUAUUCGUCUUUGAGAGAAAGAGAGAUAGUGAAUCUCUCAUUCUCCCGAAGAAGUAAGCAGUGGUAUUAAGGGAGGCUGAGAGGGAUGAGGCGCAAGCCUAUGACUUUCGGCCUAUGAUAUUUAUUGAAAUGAAGUUUUGUAUUAGUUUUACAGUAUCUUUUGUUUAGUUUCACUGUAUUUUACUUUAGUUGAGUCAAACAAAAAUUGGCCUACUUAACCGUGAUGCGGACGAUGCAAUUGUAAUCAACGGUAAGACUAAGCUUAAUAAUGAGAAAUAAUUAUAACCAUAAACAUAAGUGCCUUUCAUUACUUAUGUUGGCAAUAACUUUUUUUUAUUCAUCGUCAUCAGAUGAAUCGAUCUGUAUGAUGCGAAAUUGAUGUAAACUUUCUCUAAUAGUGAAAACGAUUCACAAUGCGCAUUGCCUUAUUCUGUAUAUUGUUACAAGCUCUCAAUAAUAUUUAUAUUAACUCUCUCUUGAUCUGACAUAAACACUGUCACAAAUCAAGGCCUGUUUAUAUUCCCCGUGGAUUAGACCUAGUUAUGAAAUUUAAUUGAAACUCUAGUCUCGUCUUAGUUCCAAAUAUUCAUUGCUCGUCACUCCAAUCAUUUACUCGUAUGCAAGUCACGUGCCGGUUUUUUCGGAGCUCGUUGUUGAUGAAUCGUGAUAUUAAUAAAUCCAUCAUGAAAUUCAAAUUACAUAUCAACGAGAAUAUGCAAUUGAUAUUAGAUGAGUCAUGACAUCAAGGCAAAGUGCUCGUCUUCAAAAUGAAGGGUAUAUGUUCAACCGGCGUCAAACUUUUGUAUUUGUAAAAUAAUGUAUUGUGAAGCUCUGACCCAGAUUCCCCACUUUAUUGUGACAAACAUCUGUGGUAUCAGUGGCGGAGUCCAGGAAUUUACAAUAGAGGAGGGCCAGGGAGGAACUUUGGGGGGGGGGGGGGGUGGCACAAAGAUUGGGGAUGAGGUGAGAAAAUGUAUGAAUAUGGCACCCAGGAAUGGCACUCAGACUUAAAUAUGAGUGUAUUUUUUUUUUUUUUUUUUUUUUUUUAUAAUUUUGAAAAUUUUAGUGGGUACCGAGGCGACUAUGCCCUCUUGAAUUAUUUUAAAAUUAAUUAUUUAAAAUGGAAUUAUUUGUUACAUUAAGAUGAUGAUUAUUAUUGAAACCAUUGAAAUAGGCAUGCCUAUUUCUUGUUUUGUUGUAUUUGAAAGUUUACUUAAGCCUGAGAUAAAUGCCUCAGUGUAUACAUAUAUAUUUUUCUGUAUUCCAAUCUCAUUUGCUUUGUUUUUGUUUUGAUAUGGACAUUGUCUAAAAUAAAGAGAAAUUGGAAAACCAGAA